AUGGACUUGGUUACAUCCCCUACGUCCACGUCGGCGGAGGAAGCUGUGCGCAUUCCUACCGCCGUGAAGAAGUCAGGUCAUUCCCGCGGACUCUCAGACUCACAUGGGAUGCCCCUCGAUCCGGACGCAGACAACCCCUCCACCAAAAUCCAGAAGCCGCCAAUGACAAAACAUCUGUCCAGCCCCGAAUACCACAGCCCUUCUCGCCAUCAUCGUCGCAACCCGUCAGCCCCCAAGCACGUCAAGGAAUCGUUGAACGCUCGAUCCGAGUACGUCACAAGUCAGGAUGAUGGCGGUGCCGAACAUCGCAUCAAUCAGUACAUUAUCAAACAAGAGAUUGGACGUGGCUCGUUCGGCGCUGUCCAUCUCGCAGUCGACCAAUAUGGCACGGAAUACGCGAUCAAGGAGUUUUCCAAAGCCCGGUUGCGGAAGCGCGCCCAAUCCAGCGUUCUUCGGAAGCCCUUUCAAGAGCGACGUCGCGGUGCUCUACAAGGCUUCAAUUCUCCUUUGCACAGAAAUGUCGGCAAUGAAGGGGAGGCGCCACCCAACUCCAUAGACCUCAUCAAGGAAGAGAUUGCCAUUAUGAAAAAACUCAACCAUCCGAAUUUGGUUGCUCUGAUCGAGGUGUUGGAUGACCCUACCGAAGACUCACUCUACAUGGUAAUGGAAAUGUGCAAGAAAGGAGUCGUGAUGAAGGUCGGGCUUGGGGAGCGAGCGGAUCCGUACCCAGAUCAUGUCUGUCGGUGCUGGUUCCGUGAUUUGAUUCUGGGGAUUGAGUACCUGCAUGCUCAAGGAGUGGUACAUCGUGACAUCAAGCCAGACAAUUGUCUGAUCACCGAAGAGGAUGUACUCAAGGUGGUGGAUUUUGGCGUAUCGGAAAUGUUCGCUAAGGACUCAGAGAUGCUGACGGCCAAGUCGGCCGGCAGUCCUGCGUUUCUACCUCCAGAAUUGUGUGUGGCGCGACAUGGCGACGUAUCUGGCCGGGCAGCUGAUAUUUGGUCCAUGGGGGUGACGUUGUACUGUUUGAAGUACGGCCGGAUCCCCUUCGAACGAUCGGGCAUUUUCGAACUCUAUGAAGCAAUCAAGACGGAAGAGCCUGAUCUGAGUGAGGAGCAAGACGAAGAUUUUGUGGAUCUGAUGCUGAAGAUCUUGGAGAAAGAUCCCCAAAAACGGAUCAAGAUGAAGGAGUUGAGGGACCACCCUUGGGUGACCAGGCGCGGCACCGACAAACUCCUCUCCGAGGAAGAGAAUACAGCUGACCUUAUCGAACCACCGACAGAGGCGGAGAUGAACGAAGCCAUAACGUCCAACAUGACGAAUAUCCUGACAGUUAUGAAAGCGGUUAGGAAAUUCAAAGCCUUGUUAGAGAAGAAUAGGCCUCCUGCAAUGAAAUCAAUCCUCGGAGACCAGGACGAUGCCCAUUUCUCGCAGCCUCCAGCUAUGAUGUCUACGGAGGAAGCCACGUCUCUUCCCCCUAAAGCGCACAGUUUCCAUGCGCUUGAUGGAGCUCAUGAUGCCGAAUUUGAAGAGCGCGAAAAGCUUCGGCAUGAUAUAAGCCGAUUGAAUAUCAAACUCGUGCCUACCCUGAGCGUCGACGAUGCCACCAUUACAGAGGAGGCGCGAACGCUGAGAGCCGACGAACACCCUUCUGCGUUAGCGAGCGAUACCAGCACCGAUACAGAAAGUCCGCUCUCCAAUAUCUCGUCUUCAGGAGACAUGGAGCGUCUGGACCCCACGAAACUACCGCCUUUCCGGACCCUGAGGCUGCACGCGAACACCACGGACGAAAUAGGGCAUCGCGGACAGGCACACAAUCCUCUGGAAGACCACUUAUACCUCCAUAUCGGACCGUCGACCUAUGCCGGGGUCAGUUCUCAAACGGAGGACGGAGGCGGUUUCCUACCGGAGGAUGACGCAUAUAUUGUCAGCGAGAGUCCUGGUGCGGCAGACGUAGAUAUAUACGAAACGGCAUACCGGGAUGAGAUUGAGCGAAUCAUGGCCAAAGCCAAAGAGCAGAACAAAGAGCCACACGUCUACACAACACGGCGAGUGGACGAGAAGCUAAUGGCGAUUAGUGGACUUGCAGGCAAAUGGGCAGCCAUGGGCGAGGAAGCGAAGAAUCAAAUCAAAGACUAUACGCAGUUUUCCACGAGGAAAGCACGGGUGACCGAGGUCAGUCGUGCACUUCGGCAUGCGGCGCGAGAAGAGUACGAACGGCGCAAACUGGAACGGCGAAGACAGAUCGCGGCAGAGAAAGCAGAACGAACGACACACAGGACAGAACAACCCGAAACCGCACCCAAAUUGACCGCUCCUACUGGCAAAGAAGUAGAAGAGGCACUGACCAGCAGCCCCGAAUCAGGAAGCAGGCAAUCGUACCUUUGGAAAGGUAAGGCUGUAGACAAAGGUCGGCAGGCCCGAACAUCUAUGAGAGGUCUAAUGGACAUGGUUAAGAACAAGAGUCGCACCAGACCCAAAGAAGAAGAUGUCUGA